GAAGGGUUCAUCGUCAUUUUAGUUAGCGCAAAACUGUAAAACUCUUAUCUGGAGAUACUCGUAUCUAUAUUUACGACUUUAUUCACGGUGAAACAACUUUGUUCAGGUGUUUUCUAAUCGCUAAAUAAGAUUUAUAACGCUAAAGUGAAAAUUUGAUUUGACAUUUGUCGUAUACGUCAAACGUCAUCAUCAUAGAGUGACACAUUUGUGCUAAUUUCUAAUUUGUUAUAUUGAAAAUUUUGUGUGUGAGUGUUUUUUAAAAAAGCCGCCAACAUUCUGAGCUCACUGUGGCAGUCUCCAGCGCAGUUAGGCGGCCUGGAGAAGAAACAAGAUUUCGGUGGAAAUAAAAUAAUUAACAUUCAUACUCCCAGUCCGUCACCGCCGGGACAUCCGACCAUGGUCGAGACCGCCUCACCUCCCUCCUCCGGACUAACAAUCAAACCCUGUUCCAGUCCAAUUGAACAUCCUCAUCAUCAUCAUCAUCAUCCGCACAUUGCCAUUCACGCGGCUUCGGGUCAAAGCUUAAACGCGAAUACAAAUUCCAACAGCAACAGUCCCCGAACACCUCCCAACUAUCUGACCACAGCCAUGUUGUUGAAUAGUCAAAAUUGUGGCUACCUUGGCCAGCGUCUACAGAGUGUCUUCCAAAACCACCAGCAACAACAACAACUGCAGCAGCGUGAACAGCAGCAGCAUCAACAACAACAACAACAACAAAACCACCAAAACGAAUGUCAACCUUCAAACGAGGACCACAUUCAUCGUUCAGUUACAAGUGGAACUUCAUCGGCCGCUUCCCUCUUCACCAUCGAUAGCAUUCUGGGCUCCCGAAAUGGAGUAAGUUUUAAGCGUGCCGAAAGUCCCGCGUCUCCAAGCAGUAACAGUUCGGCGGCAACCAGUCCUAUUCGACCACAACGAGUACCCGCUAUGCUCCAGCAUCCUGGCUUACAUCUAGGACACUUGGCAGCAGCAGCAGCGUCUGGAUUUGCCGCUGCCGCAUCACCAUCGGAUUUUCUAGUCGCCUACCCCAACUUCUACCCCAAUUAUAUGCAUGCAGCGGCCGUGGCUCACGUGGCAGCCGCUCAAAUGCAAGCGCACGUUAGUGGGCACAGUGGUUUGGGUCAUCACCACCAUCAUGUGGGUCAUCUGGGACACGGUCCGCCACCGAAACGGAAACGACGCCAUCGAACCAUCUUUACCGAGGAGCAGCUGGAACAGCUGGAAGCGACUUUCGACAAAACCCACUAUCCGGACGUUGUGCUGCGCGAACAAUUGGCGCUAAAGGUCGACCUGAAAGAGGAGCGUGUCGAGGUUUGGUUUAAAAACCGUCGGGCAAAAUGGCGAAAACAAAAACGUGAAGAACAAGAACGUCUGCGUAAACUCCAAGAGGAGCAAUGUGGAGCGUUAAAGUGUUCCCCAGAAGAAUACAAUUCCCAAAUACAAAUCAAAUCGGAUCCGAAUUUUAGUGAUGCUGAUGAAUCGUCCGAUUUGGAAGUUGCAUAAGAAUAAAAAUAUAGACUUUUCGUUUUUUUCAAAUUUGUAAAUAAAUUUAU